UACUGAAGAACUGGCGUUAGUUUGGUUGAUUGGGGCCGUCCUUUCACCUGCUCCAGCCCAGGUAAACCAUGGCGAGUUGAUCCUUCCUCCUCAUCCGCUUCCACUCCGAGAAGGUGAUGCGCGCGUGCCCGCUUUACGUGUCAGUAGAAGGAGUUAUACACUUUGUACUCACUCGGACAGUCACCAAUUCCACACACCACGCAGAAGUCAGGGCUGCGGCUGUGCAUGGUGUUAAUGUGACUCAAAAGUUGUAUCAAAGUCAAUGCUACAAACACGUAGCAUAUGAAGCAACGCCAAAUCACGUCGGAAGCUAGCAAGUUUAAGUCGGUAGCGCGAGGCUGACUGCUGUAAAAUAACUCGUUACCAUGGUUACACGCGCCUGCUAAAUUGUCGUAAAUGUGGGGGAUUUUUUAAGCCAAAGAAAUGUCAGGCAAAUUGAGGACGAACUUCGUGUCUGACUGUCGUAAAUGAUCUGGUGGACAUCUUCAGUUCACGCAGACACGUGCUUGCCACUACUGUCCGAGAGUUCUUUGCAUCCGUGUUUCAUUGGAACCGAACACAGACUACACGAGGCUAGCUAACGCCAGCAGAGCUAACUAGUAAGCUAAAUCAGCUAACACCAUGGAAGAACUGGGUGAGGUCACGGUGUCGAUUUUUAAGGGCUGCAAACAUCAGCGAGGGAAUGAUGGGCACCCUUUCUCAUGAAGACUUGCAGGAUCUUUUCCCAGGCCCAGAGAACUUUUUAUGGAGAAAAGCAGUCUGGAGUGCCUGUCAGAGUGUACUGGAGGAAUCUGGCCAAGAUGACUCAAAAUCUUCAAGCAGCUCCUUCAUUAAUGAGUCACCCAAGCAACAGACAUCCACUACUUUAAAUGCAACUUGUGCAAAGUGCACAAGCCCUGAAAAGGUUGUGAAGUUAUCCUAUCAAGAAUAUGUAUUGCACACCGACACUGAGCUUGAGCAGGUCCGCCAACAAUACUUUGAGGUGAAGAGCGCAGCUGCAAAAUGUCAAAGGAGCUCAGAUGUCGGCUCAUCCGAAAAACCAUGACUAGUUGCAUAGAUACCCAUCAAAACCAGAAAUUACAGCAAUGGCAAAGAGAAUAGUGCAGUACUACCCCAUGCUACAGGACCAAGGCAUCAAGAAUACAUGGCAUACAAGCCUGCAGAUAUCAACAGUCCAGACACCUACCAUCCAGCAACCUUGGCCAAGCACAACAAGACCCUACACACUUUGUUUAAAAGAAAAAACCCAAACCACCAGGAAGUCUCUAAGCCCCUGGAUUUGGAAUUUUCAGUCAGAAGAGCAUUCAUUGAUUCAAAUACUAUUCGCGAGGAGGACAGACACAAAAAGCUUCUAGAAGCAUAUCCUUGCUUCAAGGACAUUGGACAUGUGAUGGAGGAGCUUCAUCGCAUUUUGGAUAAAGAUAAUGGCAACUUCAUCAAUGAACUGAAGGAAAGAUGGCAUGAUUUCUGCCAGAAGGUGCAGUUUUUUGGUGUAUGGAAAAAGAUGCUGAAACCCCCAAUGGGAAUGGAUAAAGCUGAACAGGCUCUCGAGAUCCUACGUGUGCUGCCAUCAUUGUUCCCAUCCACCUCUGCCCCUCCAAAGAGGGUACGAGAUACAAUUGAGGCUCUGGUGCAUGUCCUUGAGGACCAAGAAGACACUAAUACCUAUUUGAUGAAACGUCCUCUCUCCUGCCGAGUCCUGAUCGUGAGUCCGUCCAACUGCAUCCUAGCGGUAGGAGAUGUGCCAAUAACCAUGUUUCCAAAAGACAAGGUUACGGAGGGUGCUUUAUACCUUAUGGCCUACUAUUAUACCCUACACCUUACAUACCCAAAGUGUGUAGCCUCUCUGCUUUCCGUCAUACAGACAGAGGUUCUCUUGGAUAAAAUCCAUGAGUGAGAUCUCACAUCAUCUUACAAGAAGAGCAUGCCUGAGUGGAAUGCUUUUAUUGGCCAGUAGAGCCAGUGUGGUUAAGAUGUGGACUAUAGGAAAGCACUUCUUCUCUCCUUCCAAGGCUACUACAAUCCAUGUUGGUUGCGAUUGAUUUUUGUUUGGAAAUUGGCCAGGUUAGCCCAGUUUUAUAAUUAAGGGUGCACGAUAAUAUUGGCGAACAUGCCGACAUUUUAUGUUUGGUUUGUGCAGUGCAGACUGCCUAGCUUUUAGUUGAUUUUAAAGGUUUUGGGGGUUUUUUUUUUGUUUUAAUGUUGAGUUUAGGCUACAGUGUAUUCAGCAGAUAGGCUCCAUGCAUCCUUAAUGAUAAUUUUACAAUGGAAUUGUUUGAAGAAUGUUGUCAAAUGUCCAUGUUAAUAUAGCCCAGGACCUUUAAUUUAAAUGAUAAAAACACUUUGUAUUAAUAACAAAUGUUACAGGUUGAGCAGUUUUAGUAUGCCUAGCAGUGUGUUUGUCUGUGCUUUGAAUUGUGCCUGUGCAAUGCACAGAUUUUACCAGUGUAUUAAGGGCCAGAUUGGGCAGAACAAAAAGUCACUGCAAAAUGGCUUCUUUAAUGCAGUCCUCUCUGUUUAUGAGGCUUUACCAAUAAAGUUGCUGCUCUGCAAA